AAACCGGGUCCAUUUAUAACUCUUUGCGGUCCAAUAAAACAGAUAUCAUCAAUUUAUAUCUCAUGUACUUAAAGUUGUAUAUUAAUUCCAAAGGUAAUCACAAAAAUAUUAAAAGUGGAAAAUCAUCAUAUAUUUUCCUACUAAUUAUGUUGAUAUAAGAAUAUUAAACUAUUUGAUUAAAAAAAUAUUAAACAGAGAGCAAACAAAAAAAAAGUUUUAAAAAUAAAAGCCAUACCAACUCGAACAAGGUAUAAAAGGCGAAUAUAACGAUAAAAUUGAAAAAAAUGAGUUUAGGGCUAAAAUAUCGAAAAAAAAAAUUCUAUAAAUUACAGUGAAAAAUAAUAAAAUAUGAUAUGCUAAUUGGUUGUACCAAACUGUACAAACAAUAAAUGCAGUCAAGGAGUUCCCCUCAGAGUGACAACUGAAGCAAAGAAGCCAAAAGAAUAGCUACUCGUUUACACCAAAAACGUGAAUCUCUGUGUCGAUAAUCCCCAGAAACCCACACCUACUGUGUGAAUACACGUCAACAGCUUCAGUCCCCGUAAAAAUUUACCAUGUCGCCGUCCGGCAACGAUUCUACUGUUGCCGGCGACGGUUGUUUAUGCGAAGACGGCGGCGAUGGACGGAAAAAGUGUCAACAAUGCGAACGAAAGUCAAAGAAGAGUGGUCUUACAUCGUCUUCGUCUUCGUAUGCUUUGCUUAGCUUCGAUUCGUUUCCGGUUGAAGAUUAUGAUAAGCGGUGGAGGAUCUUCACUGCCUCUGUGAAAGGAUUUGCCAUUGGAGCUGGUAUUAAAGGCGGCUUAUCGCUCUUCGCAAUCCUUGCUCGAUUGCGGCGUCGACGAUCGUUAUCUUCUGCUAAGAAGGUGCACAUGGCUUCAGGUGGUGAAGAUUUAAUUUUAGCAGUAAAAGAAACACUGAGAUAUGGUCUCUUCCUUGGCACUUUUGCUGGGACAUUUGUGUCUGUUGAUGAACUUAUAGCUGCUUUAGGAGGACAUAGAAGAACAGCAAGAUGGAGGGCUUUAUUAGCAGGAGCAAUAGCUGGACCUUCAAUGCUCCUUACAGGAUUCAACACACAACACACAAGUUUAGCUGUUUAUAUUCUCAUGCGUGCAGCUGUUCUUGCUUCACGUUGUGGAAUCAAAAGCAAACGAUUUGGCCGAAUUUGUAAACCUCUCACGUGGGCCCACGGAGAUCUUUUCCUAAUGUGUCUCUCAUCUACCCAAAUUCUGUGUGCAUACAUCUUAAAGCAAGACAGUUUACCUCAAUCAUACAAAUCUUUUCUCAAUAAACAUGGUGGAAAAGACCCAAUUAUCCUUCAGGGUAUUAGAGAUAUUGCUUGUGGUAUGCCUUUUACUAAUCUAGAUCAAAUACAGAAGUACUACAAGAGUACAGGUGUUGAUGUAGUGCUUGAUCCCCAAAUGAAAGUUCCUUGUUCGAUUAUACAUGAAAAUCAAUCAUGUAGUUGGCAUGCGAUUUCUUUCUUUAUUCAAGCAUAUAAAAGAGCAAUACCUGUUUAUCUUCCAGUUUAUUUGAUUCCUGCACUUAUAGUACAUCGUCAAGGACUUGCAAUUCGGCCUUUCACAAUAUUGGCUAAAGGUCUUUUUGGUACUGCAAGAUCCAGCCUGUUUCUCUCCACAUACUGUACUUCAGCCUGGGUUUGGACAUGCUUCCUCUUCAGACUUUUCAAGAGAUGUAAUGUCGCCAUGCUGGCAUUGGGCACGUUUCCAACGGGUUUAGGAUUGGCAAUUGAGAAGAAGAGCAGAAGAAUAGAAAUCUCACUCUACUGUCUAGCACGAGCAAUCGAGAGCUUUUUCACAACAAUGUCUGAAAUUGGAUACAUGCCACAUUUAAAGAAUUUAAAAAGAGUUGAUGUGUUGAUUUUUAGCUUAUCAACAGCAAUCAUAAUGCAUUGUUAUGCGAUUGAAAGAGAUGUUUUUCGUUCAAAGUACUUGAAUGUGCUUGAUUGGGUGUUUGGUGUGCCUCUUCCUCCAUAUGACACCACCCCACGAAAAAACAGGAAUGAAACCAUGGACUGAAGUGAAGAAGAUGUUUGUGUUAAGAAGGUUAAUGACACUAUUUCACAUUUUUGUAUUUGCUCUAGUUGUGUUCAAUAGAAUAUAAUAAACUUCAAUUCUUUUUUUUUUUUUUUUUUAAUGUU